AUGUCUACUUCCACUAGAAAAACAAUUUCACUUCCUACAAUCAACGAAGUUGAAGGAUAUAAAACAAUGGAGGCUCUGAUAAAAUUUUUAGGCGACCAAAAUAUAGGACUGGAUGAUGAUGAUCUCAAAAUUCUUCGAGUACAAAAACUUGUUGGCGAAGUUCUCCUCAGCUUGAACGUCGAUGAACUUAUACGAGCUGGGUUAAAACUGGGUCCGGCUAAAAAAAUUUCAACUUGGAUUGAAAAAAUCAAGGGCGAAGGAAAGGAGCAAAAGCUCCAAGCUGGAUCUGGUGUGGUCAAAUUUUGGAAAAAACUUCUUGACGCAAGAAUAAUCUUUCUGAUACCACAAGAUAUGAAGAGGGUUGAAUUAAAUGCUCUGAAUUCUUACUUUAUGAUAAAAGAUAAUCAGAUUUGCCUAGAUAAAGGUGUGAUUAUCGAUUCAGAUGGCAUACUAUACAAAAAUAGAGAAUGUACUGACGUGCGAUUGCCGUCAAUUCUGAUCAAUAGCUUCAGAGGAAUGCUGUGUCUACCGGAUGAUGGCCCAGCCUUUACUGGUUGCACAAUUACUGGUACUCCUGGUAUCGGAAAGACAUACUUUGAUGGUGAUGUGCAAGAAGGAGAUAUUAGCCUGUUUCGCAGAACACUGAAGAAUCCUAAUAACUUCCUUUUAAUUGAUGCGCAAGCUUCAACAUUUAAAUAUAAGGCCUAUAUGAUCCUGCUCACAUCACUGAAAGUAGAAAGAUUCAAUGAGGCUGUCAAAUGGUUGGAUCUUCAAUACAAGAAUAAGAAAAAUGAUGAAGGUGAAGAGUUCACACUUGAAUUAGUUGGGGAAUUGUUAGACAAGUGGAAAAAAUGUAUGAACUCUAUUGAUAAGUCAGGCAUGCCUACAGAUACAAUUAGUGGUAGACUUGUACAUCUUGAUGCAUAUGAGACUAAAACAAAGAUUGAUGUUCAUAAUUUUGUCGCAAGCAGUCAUGAGCAUCUAAUGAUCGCUGGAUUUCGUGGCAAUCUGUUCGAAGAUUAUGCUCAUCUGGAAUUGCAAAGAGGUGCACGUAAGAAAUAUUAUAACAGACCAAAAUCAAAGACAUUUGCAUUGAUUGAUUCUUUUAGCCUUGAUAACAAAACCUUGGACUUGUACCAAAUUACUAUCUCAAAGAACCAUGGCAUGAAGAUAAAAGGACUUAAUGACCUCAACAAAUGGAGGAAGGAUGCGAAUAACUUUAAUUUAUACUUUGUUGUACCACUGAACAUUUUUGAAACAUUCCUCCUGCAAAAAUACAAGACAACUAAAGACGAAGAUUGUAAGAAAAUUCCAGGAUGGAUUAAUAAAAUAACCCAAUAUGCAUUAGAGAUCGACUUCGGAAUUAAUAAAAAAGGAGAUGAUAAAAAUGAGGAUUCAUCAAAGAAGGAGAUGGAUAAUAAAGUCGUGAAAAAACGGAAGAUGAAAAAGAGUGAUGCGAUGUUGGGAGACGAUAAAAUUGGGGAAGCUUCAGGAAGCAACAUGGGUUCAGCACAGCAUAAUUUGAAGUGUUCUCGUGAUGCAGUGUUGGUAGAAAAUGAAAGUGGGGAAACGUCAAAGAAAGAAAAUAAAAAAGACGUGAAAAAACGAAAUCGA